AUGGCUCCUCCACCGGAGUAUGAUAAGGAACCCAAAGCCCCGGAUAAAAGUGCUUCAAGUAUUUCCACUGAAGAUUCAAAACUCCUACACAAUCUAGUUAAUGAGCAGCACACUAACUCUGACCACAAAUCAACAAAUACGGUUACAGCCGUAGAAGUUGAGAAUAAGAAACACAUAGAGACUUUGGACGACGGACAACUAAAGGCACUCUUAGACGAGGCAAUCAAUUACAAAAAUCCUAAAGAUCGAGAGGGAAAAAGCGAUAUAUUCAAGGAGUUGCUGGAAAAGGCGGAACAAGAAACAGACGAGCAGGCGUGUGAGGCAGCAGCACGGACUUUGAGUGGGUGUCGUAGUACGCGACGUGGUGGUAGGCGUGGCCCGCCGCUGCCACACUCCAACUCUUUACAGGAUCUAGUGGCUGCGCUGGCCGCCGAGCCUCCGCGCAAGCACCACGUGCGCCACCAUCCGCCCCCGCACGCUCCCCAACCCAACGUAUCCGCGCGCGCCAUACACGGCGGUAGUCUGCCGUCGGGAGUCGAUACUUCAUCCCUGAGCGAGGAGCCGGCGCGAGGCGCGGGCUACCUGGCCACAGUGCGAUGCGUCAACCCUCCUCCGCUGGCCGAACGUCGAGUAUCUGCCAGCGACGCCAAUACGCCUGCAGAGAUGGAAUUACUCAAUAGAAGAAGUAAGCCGAUGUUCCCGAUGACGUAUACAGCUCGUGCGACGCUGGAGAUCGGCAGCGGCGCCGUGUGCUCGGGCCGCGCGGUCACAACCACCACGUCUUCCAACCAGGUGCGUACUACAACCACCUCUGCUACCACACCCGCGACAACUAUCGCCUGCCAGGUACCCGAUAGCGACCCUCAGAUGAAACUGAUGAACGCACUAUGCCCUAGGAGCGAUACCGAUCAGGGCGGUUGUGAACAAAUUCCUGAAGUAAAAGUACAAUUGAAUAUAAAAGAAAAGGAAACAGAGAGUGCGAGUACUAGUGAUCUCAAAGGUAAGACUAACAUACCGCGCGGCCCGAAGGAACCCGAAACCAAUGUCAACAAGAAGGAAGAAUGCCUCCGAGAGUUUCCAAAAAGUGACAUUAAACCGGUAAAAGGAAAACCUUAUUCUCAAAAACCACCUAAAUCAUGGGUUGACAAUGUUGAUAAUUGGUACAAAACUUUGUCAGUAAACUAUCCUGAACCCUUAAAAAUUAUAUACCACGACAGUAAUAAGGUCAAUAAACAGUAUAAGAUAAACGAAGUUACCGUCGAUCAAAGUUCGAAUUAUACUCAGAAAAAGAUUUCUGAUAGUCAACCUGCAAUUCAAGAAAUAAUAUCAGCCGAAGAUAAACAUAUGAGCCAAGAACAAUGUACGUUUGAAAUCAAGAAAUCCGCAUCUUAUUCCUCAAAAUUAUUAAAAAUCAAAGAAUCUAACAAUCAUGUAAAUAACCAAAAUAGUGAAGAAUUCUCUCUAUCUAAUUGUCGAACAGACUUUGAAAAAGAUAUUAUUAAGGGAAAAAUGAAAAUAAUGAUGAAGAAGAAGAAGAAGCAUGACCUGGUUGCGCCCACUUUGUGUGAUAUAAAUCCAAGAAACAUUAGGCCCAUGAGUAUUGGCUCACCAAAGAAACACUUAAAAACUGAUCCAGUAGCAUCCAAAAAAAUAGUAGAAUUGCCAGAUAAUCCUGUUGAUAUAAAUUCGAACAGUGUUGACAUAUGUACAGAAAAUGCUAAUGCUGCUGCUGGCAGUAAUCAAGUAUCAAAGUGUCCUCCUGGAUGCUGCAAAACAACAAAGAAACGUGAGCAACUGAAGGAACUUACAGACAUGUUUAAAAAACUGUCCAACUAUGCUAGUGCUGACAUAGAAUUGAAGGAUAUGCAAAGUGAUCAACGACAUAAAAAUAAAAAUAAUUCAUUCUCUAAAUACGUUGCUCUACAACAAAAACUUCUUUUAGAAAUAGAAAGUUUACAAGACGAAAUUACAAAUCAUGAACAAGUUCAUGAUGUUACCACUGAUUCAAACAUGAGAGAAAACAAAACUAAUUUGCAGGUACAUAUACCAACUGACGUUAAACAAAAGGAAUCAUUACAACUUGUACCGUUAACUUCAAUUUCUGAAGAAACUUGCGAAGGUGUAGUCCAAACGUGCCAUGUCGAAGAAAAUCCAGUGAACAAUGAGAGUGAAAUUUCAAAUGAGCUUUCUAACAAUGCUUAUGUUUUGCUAACUUUACCUAGCUCUAAUAACACUGAAUAUUAUGCUUCGGAAAUAACUUCUAAACCAAAAACUGGUAAGAAGAAAGAUAAUUUAUCUCUAGCCUCCAGCCAUGCUAACAAGAAGGAAGAAAUACUAAACAAAAAUAUUCUUAAAGUUCUUCUGUUUGAAAACCUUUUUAAAAACAAUAGUAAUGAAAAGUCAGUGACUCCCGAGGUGUCAGCUAUCACCAACCAUGAGGUCGAUUCCGCUAUAUCGUUUAGUUGCAUCACAACACCGGAGGUUGUGGCCAGUUGCAACACGACAUCGUCCACGUCCCAGGCAGCCGUCGCCGUCGAUCCCAAGCCUCGCAGUGUGAUCUCGAGCAGCUUCAACGGUCUGCCUCUGUCGCGCCCCAAUUACGGUUCCAUGGGAACAGCCGCCUCCGACGACUACAAGGUGUUGGUCGCAUACAAAUCCAUCGACGAAAAUGGCAAUUCUGUACAAGGAUUCAGUUCACCUCUUUCGGGAUCUAGUCAACACAAAAAACCUAGGAGGAAAAAGUCAUCAAAGAACGAGACCGUCAUAGAUUGCCAACAGAUCGACGGCUACCAGGGGGACAAAGACGUCAACGAGCUUCUCCGCUUCAUCGAGUCGAAUGCCGACAACGGGCGCGGUGCCAAGCUUUCGCGCGUCAAGCACAAGGACGACUCCGACGACAAGACUGGCAAGAAGCGCUCCUCGGAGCGUCGGAAGGACAAGGAGAGCAAGAUCAAGCGCGCCUCGUCCCUGGAGGAGCUGUCGCGUACCAAGAUCGAGGAUCUCACCGACGCGACCGAGGGCUCGCUCCGCGGCGAAAAGAAGGAUCGCCGCGAACACGCGCCCGCCAAGCAGGAGCGUCGCUCCUGGGGCGACGACGCGCGCGAACCGCUCGAGCCCGCGCCCAGCGAGCUCACAGACUUCCAGACCGUCACAAAGAAGCGCAAGCCGCGCCGUCGCGCCGACGAGUCCGAGCGAGACCCGCCUCGGCGCGCGCGCCCGCCCUCCCCUCGCGCGCGCCGCGAAUCCGCGCCGCCGUCCGACCGCUCCAACGACUCCAACGACGACUUGGACUCCGUACACUCGCUGCCCGACGCCCCGCGACCGCCGCCCGCGCCAGCCCUCCCCGCUCCACACGCCUCCUACGCCGAAAUCGCUCGCACACGCCACAACAUCCCCGACCUCAUCGAGUCCUGCAACUUCUACGCGGAGGGCGAGGGCGCUCCGCGCCCGGAGACGGCUCCCCCGGGUGACGCCGACGGGUACCCCGCGUUGGACGCUCGAGCCGCCGCAGCCAGGCGCCGAGAUCUAAAGGCCGCGGCGGUCUCUCUGCGGCGGGACCGCAAAGAGCGCGCCGCUCCGGCCGCCGAGGGUGCGCGGGCCCCCGACUGCCCGGCACCGGACGUGGUGGCAGACCGGCGCCCCCCCGUCAUCCUGCUGGAUUCGGCGGUGAGGCCCCGGGACAUGGACGGCGUCACUUUCGGCUUCGACAUCAACGAGCAGCUGCUGAGCGGGCCGGCGCGGCGGCCGCGCUGCGACCUGCUGCGCGACGCGCUGGCGGCCGCCGUGCCCGUGCGCGCGGCCGCCGCGCUGCGAUACGUGCCGCCCGACGCGCCGCACGACACGCACCACCUCUGCCAAAUCGUCGACUACGUCGGCGCAGCGUGGGAGGACGUCCUGCGGUGCGGCAAUGGCAAGGUGCGGUAUUUCAACGAGUAG